AUGGGGGACUUGAAAACUUUGGCAAUGGCAAGAAUGGAGCUUGAAGAAUUGUAUUUAGGAAUCCCAGAUGAUUCAGUCAACCUCACUUUUGAGGACCUAGCAAUACAUGUAAAACAACACACAAGUCGCGCUACAUCAGAGAAGAUCAACACCACAACUACCAGUUUGGAAUCAAUCCAAGAAGUCGGCCAAACCCCUAAACAAGCUGCUCCUCUAACCAAGUUGCCUAGCCUUGACUUCAACAAGGGUUUACAGGCCUCCAAAAACCAUCACCAAUCUCAUCACCUUGAUCAUGUUGCUGAAGGGCACCCAUUUGAUAAAUCUCAUAAACAUUACCUGCAUGAUGGGGCUCAUCGUCCAUAUGGCAGUGGAGGUCAAUAUCAUGAUCAAAGCCAUCAUGGUCAUGCAAAUAUAGGCACGAAAAGUCCAUCAAAAUCAAGGUUUGCAAUGGAGAAAAGCAGGGCAAAUGAUGAUGAUGAUGAUGAUGUGAGUGUUAUGACCAUGAAUUCUGUGUACCAAGAAAGAAGUGGGAGACCUCGUCGCCCUGGAAUCCCUCACUCCAAUAUUUGCACCGUUUGCUCUACUUACAUCUAUAUUUUUCGACAUCGUUGCUUGGUUUGUGGAAGGGUUUUUUGCAGGAAUUGUGUGAGCGUAGGAAUGGGAGAGAUGACAGAAGGAAGAAAAUGCAUCGGGUGUUUAGGAAGAAGGUUCAGCCAAAGGUACAUAAAUAGAGCAGGAAUAGUAGGGUGCUGUUCAGGGUAUCCUAGUGCUGUUAAGCAGGCAGAGCUCAAGUGGGCUGAGAAGGGGCCAAGAAAGGCAGGAGAAAGAGCAUUUGGUCAUAGCACCAUGACCUCAAGAUCAAGAAGCCCACUGACUCCAAGGACCCCAAGAACCCCACAUAAGGCAGCUGGUGUUAGCAUGAGCCAAGAUCUUCCUUCUUUUGUAACUAGCGCACCUUAUUCCCCUUAUAGCACGCCUAAACAUCACCACCUGCCCUUGUAGGAAGGGUCCUAAUUCCUCUUC